AUGCCCCUUAAAAAACAUCGUUACCAAAGAACCGACCCAGAGGAAGAGGGCCGCCUCCAUCGAUUGAGUCGGCUGCAGACUUUCUCUUUUGAGACCCGCACAAACAGCACGCCUAUCAUCAGGCUCGAUAGUGUACUGCGAUUAAACCAUAACAACAAUACGACGGAGUCACUUGACUCGCUAGAACGGCCAUCUGAAGAAGAAGCAGCCGAAGAGGGCAACGAUGGCAACUUGAAGCAAGACCCCAAUCUGGUUACCUGGGACGGCCCAUACGAUAUCGAGAAUCCUCUCAAUUGGUCAGCGAGUCGGAAGUGGACAGCAACAAUACUCGUGUCCUGCUUCACCUUUAUCUCGCCCUUCUCGUCGACCAUGGUCACGCCGGCCUUCGAAGACAUAGGUGAUCAAUAUGACAUACCCGAGGGCUUCGCCAGGGCUUUGGUGAUCUCCAUAUUCCUCCUCGGCUUCGCUCAGGGGCCAUUCGUGCUUGCCCCUUUGUCAGAGCUGUUCGGGCGUGUCAAGGUCCUGCAGUGGGCCAACCUGAUAUACUUGGUCUUCAACACCGUCUGUCCCUUUGCAAAGACAAUGGAACAACUUUACCUCUUCCGGUUCUUGAGUGGUAUAGGAGGGAGUGCACCUCAAGCUCUAUGUAAUGGUGUGCUGGCUGACUGCUGGCGCAAAGAAGAACGAGGCAAAGGACAAGCCAUCUACGGCAUGCUGACCUUCAUCAGCCCGACGGUGGCGCCAAUCAUGGGUGCCUACGUGGUCGACAAGAUCUACUGGGGCUGGAUCUUCUGGAUCACGUCCAUAUUUGACCUCCUUGUCCAGACAGCGGCGUACUUCUUCCUUCGUGAGACAUAUGCUCCCAAAAUCCUAGGUGACAAAGCGAAGAAGCUGCGCAAGGUUACGGGAAACCCUGACCUCAGGACGGAGUACGACAACCCUGAUCGAAGCUAUGCCAGUAUCGUCAGGAGGCGGCUCGUAUUGCCGUUCAUUAUGCUGUUUGCACAUCCCGCUAUCCAGUUCCCAAGUCUAUACAGGGCUUUUCUCUAUGGCAUCAUGUACUUGGUCCUCUCCACUUACGAACAAGUGUGGGACGGUAUCUACGACAUGGAUAAGGGCCCAGCAAGUCUUAACUACUUGUCCUUGGGCGCCGGCUUCAUCGUUGGACUACAAAUUAGCCAUCCGGUAAUGGACAAGUUGUACGCGUACUACCAACGCCGCUACAAUAUCACCGACGGUCUCCCAGAAUGGCGCAUCCCACCCAUGAUCAUAGGCGGCAUCCUCGCGCCCGCAGGUCUCUUCCUAUACGGAUGGUCCGCCCAGAACCAUCUCCACUGGGCAGUUCCCAACACCGGCUGUUUCCUCCUUGCCGUGGGCCUCAUCAUAGCCUUUCAGUCCGCGCAGGCAUACGUAACGGACGCAUAUGACCAUCGUUACGCUGCGUCCGCGGCUGCGGUGGGGGCAUUCAUGCGCACGAUGGCCGGCUUCGGAUUCCCCUUGUUCGCGCCACGGAUGUACGAGGUUAUGGAAUUGGGAUGGGGCAAUACAUUUCUGGGGCUCAUGACGGUGCUGAUCGGAAUCGGCUCGCCUGCCGUGCUAUGGUUCUACGGGGAGAAGCUGAGGAAGUGGAGCACCAAAGGCUUGUGA